CAUUGAUCAAAAAUGACGAUAUAGGUAGGUAGGCAUGUUAUCACUGAUUAUCUCAAGGAGCUAGAUAUUGUUUGAACGUUGAUAAGUGCUGAAAUCAUCAAAAGUUAUAUUGAAGCUAUAAAAAUUGUUUCUGUAAAAUAAUAGUAUAAUAAUAGUUUUUUUUUUAUAUAAAGUGUUUGGUAAAGGUUUCAAUAGGUAUUUAGAUGACUAGUAUCUAGUACCUAGUAUAAAAUUAUAUGGUCAUUAGUUAUAGGUUUUCCGAUAACAACGUGUUAUCGUCACAUAUUUUCCUUCACUGUGAUUAAACGAUUUAUACAGGUGUGACGUUGGAGAGCGCAGCUCAUAUUUUCAAUAAUCAUGUGUAAUAUAAUUACUUUGUCAUGUGAAUUGUGGCCUAUGUCUUGAAAACUUAUACUGUGAGUUAAACUUCAUAUAGGAAAACUAUGGAAAGAUUUAAGAAAUUAAAAAAGGAAAAGCCCGGACGGAGUUCUUCUAAAGAUAAGCAACCUCUAUUCAUUACAGAUGUGAAAAGUAUUAAAGAAAAUAUUAAAAUAAAAGAGAUACUGAGAACUGUUAAAAUGAAUAGCAGUAUGCGUCUGAAGGCGCCCCCGGGCAGCAAAGUCAUGAAUAAUAAGGAUUUUAAUGACGACGAUUGCUUUGAAGAAUCUUCAACUAAUCAAAGUUCUAGUGAAAUAUGGAGUGCUACGAAUCCAGAUGUUGUAGUUUCUAGUGCAGAACAAAAGGAAAACGAAAUAGAUAGUGAUUGUGAUUCCAGGGAAUCUACUCAAAAAAGUGAUAACGAAAAAGACAUUAACACAGUUGUUGAAAACAAACAGAGAACAUGCAAUGAAAUUAUGGAACCGGUUUCUAUAGAACAAUCAAGUGAUUCCCCUAAAGAGAACUGUGAUAUUAGCCAAAAAGAACCCAUUAAAGCUAACACUGAUAAUAUUCUACCUAAUGGAAAACCAAAUGAUAAUUCUCGAGACAGAAAGUUAUCCUUAGACCAUACCAUGUUAUCGCGACUGGAAGGUCUAUCACAAUCAGAAUUAGAUUUGCAUUCAAUAGGGAAGUCUCCCCUUGAACGGAAAUCCUCCUUUUUUAGGAAAACAAUGGACAGUUUCGUAAGGAAUACCACUGAAAUAUUUAAAAAGCAGAAUAAAUCUUUGCAACGUCGAGUUUCAAUGUCUGUUUCUCUGCAAUCCUUGAACGAUAAGUCUUUGACGUCAAAUGAUUACCGUGAAAUUCCAAUCCAACAAGUCAACGACGCUUCAGACAGCAGAACAGAUCUCCUAACACCAACUCAAAUUGCUCGAAGCAAUUCCAGCCUGUCAAGUAUGGCGCAGCGCCAGUCCUCGGAACAGAGCCUCGCUGACAGCUACGCGGGAAGCCAGCCUACCCUCCAUCCGUCCGGUUCGACCAUGGAGAACCUCCAUUCUUCUAGUGUUCAUAGUCUGAACGAAGAUUACGUAAAAGAGGCCAUGCUGAACUCUCGCGCCAUCUCCAUGAGCUCUGGUUUGGAUUCACCGUUUGGCAAUGCACGCAAAAAAUCAUCCCUUUCUAAUAGAGUAACUUGGGUGGCAAGCGAAGGCCUAACCAACUACUUACGACGUGUGAUUCAGGAUGAAAAGAUUAAAGAGUUGCAAUCUUGCCAAUCCUAUCAAGAUUUUUCGAGUAUACCAGAGAACGAACAAUAUAAUCGCAAGCUAAAUACGAAGGGCAGAAGGUUGUCUUACCAGCGAGCCGUUUCGGGGGAAGACCCAGUGAUACCAACGAAAUAUCCUGAUUCAACAAUAAGGAGAAAACACCAUAUCCCAGAGAUCCAUGAGACGCAUGUCGAGCUAGCGAAUCUCUUGGCGGGCUUCAGCCGCCAUGGAGUGCCUCAGCUCAGAGGAUUCCAAGUGGCGCGGGUCCCCGAAGAGGCGUUCGUCUAUAUGCUCUGGGCCACCAAUCUGAAGAACAUUAACGAAUACUUUGACUUUUCAUCUUUACCACCACAGGAGCAAGAGAGACAGGCCGCUAUCCGAGAACUGAUUCACACAGAAGCUGAACAUAUCAAGCAUCUCAUGGCAAUGAUAGAGGUAUUCAUCGCAGCAGCGCAUGCACUACAAAACAAGCAAAAAAUGUUGAACAUUGAUACGGAAAAAUUGUUUGCGAACAUUCCCGACGUUCUAAACGCCAGCCUCUACUUUUGGACCAUGGUCAUGAUGCCAAUGAUCAAGGAUGGCGUUUUAAAUGACCGACCUUUCAAUACAGAAUUAAUGGCUAACGGAUUCACGUCCUUCACUGACGUAAUGUUUCCAUAUGAAAAGUAUGUUGUUGGACAAAGCAAACUCCUCGAGUACUACCAUUCCAAGCGAAACGACCCUGAGUUUUCUUUGUAUCUCUCCUGGUGCUAUAACCAGAAGGAAAGCAGAAGACUGCAACUAAACGACUUUUUCGUGAAGCCAAUGCAGAGACUGACGAAGUAUACUUUACUUUUACGAAGGCUCAUUGAUAACACUGAUGAAAGUCCUGAACGUUCUGCACUACAGUUUAUGGAAGACACCGCUAAAGCCUACGUGAUUGAUGUGAAUCGCUCCGUCCGACAACGAGAGGAAUAUGAAAAAUUGAACAAGUUGCAAUUAACACUGGAAGCUUAUGAAUCUGAUCUCAAAGAUGACGAGCUGGAACGCCAGUUCAAAUUGAUUUCGUCGAUUAACUUGAGAACCCCCAUGCUCCACUGUCGCCCGUACCAUAGCCGAUGCCUCAUCCACCAAGCCAACCUUCGAUUCCGUGAUGGUGCUAAGGAGACUGAUGCCCGAGUUAUUUUGCUAACUGACAUGCUUCUGGUUUGCAAAAGAUUAACGAAAAGCACUCGUCACUGUAAACUGAUAAGGCCUAAAUAUAUGAUAGAUAAGCUGGUGCAGAUUCCUAAAUUUGUCGGCAGAAAUAGCAAUGAUCUUUCAGGGAUCGGGUAUAUAGCUAUGGACGACCUAGGAUCCGCGUCCACAAGUUUCAUUCUCACGGAGUCGCCAAAGGACCCUGAUCCUCAAAAAACAUUAAGAACAUGGGAAAAUAAAGUGAAGGAGGCUAAGUUGACGUAUGAAAUGACGAUAUGGUCCGCUCAAAAUCCCGAUAGGGAAAUGACUGAUGCAGAGUUGCAGGAUAUGGUGGAUCGUCUCCAAAUCAGGGCACGUUCAAGUGCUGACGAAGCGGUUAUCGAGCACGAAGCCCGCGAGCGCGUGGCUGCUAUGGUGCAUGAGAGCAAGGCCGCACCUAAUUUCGACCCCACAAAGUUUAAAUCUGAAGUGAUUGUUGGUGUGAGUGCUCGGCAGCCGGGGUCGCGUCAAGGCAGUCAUAUAUUCCACCGCACGGCGCCGGCUCCUGUUCCAAAAUCUUUACAGAUGUCUUUAUUGAAACCUACAAACAAUAGGGCACAUUCUGAGGAACAACCAGGACCCAGUACAAGCAGGCACCACCGAAGAACCACCUCUUUGGAACCUCUAAUGAUACCUCCGUUACCAUCAUAUGAAACAACACCGUCGAUCACCGUGCACUUGAGUGAUGGUGAUGACGCUGAAACCAAGUCAACACAACAUCCGACAACGCUCCAAGAGUCCGAGUCGGCGUUUUCGCGGAGCAUGGAUGGUUCCCAACAACAAAAUCUAUUACGGGUGCAGUCGCAGAACAACGUGGCGACGCUCAUAUACAGCUUACCUGACCUAACUGUCGAGCCUUGUACGCCAAAAUCUAAUUCAAGCCCAACGCAAUCAUCCGCAUCGCAGAUGUUAUACCAAUCCCACCAGGAGCUGCUGCAACACAACCGUCUCGAGGCGUCGCAGGCGCAACAAUACUUAUCGCCUGACCACCGUGGUUCCAGCUAUCCACCACCCAGUCCUACUAGGGGGUCUUUAAAACGUAGUCUCGCAUUUUCCUACUCUGUUAAAGCAACUCCGACACUUACUAAAAUGGAUCACGUAGGCAGCCAGUCUCCUAUACAAAUGGAAGAUGCACCGUCUACUAGCCAACAAGAAAGGACUGAUAGAGGAAGCAGUCCAAAGCCUGGACCGAGCUCAGAAAAGAGUGACAAAAAAUCAAGUGCAACCAGUUCAUUCUUUGGCUCGGGCGGAUGGCAUUACAAAAGGGAUGGAUGACGCACAAAGCGCUGGCGCUUCAGGAAGUUGGCGGAUUAUUACAAAAGAGAUACAAGUGAAGAAAGACAAUCCGAACCUAGCACUAGCCGUACCGAGAGCCCAGUACGAAGCCGCAAAGAUGAAUCUACAAAUUUGCCCAAAGAUGAAAGCCGAAGCGCCAGUUCAAGCUAUAUAGAAAGCCCUGCAACUAGUUUUAAAGACGAAAGCACCGAUCUGAGUUUUAGAGAUAAAAGUACCAGCCUAAGUCACAGUCCUGGCACUAGCUUUAGAGAUGAAAGUUUUGGACAUAGUUGUGAAAAGGACAGUCCUAGUCCUGGUGGAAAAACUGAAACCUCUGGAAUUAAUCAAAAAGCAGAUAACUUACUGAAGGAUCAAAAGGACAAAAAACAAGAUUCCGUGAAAAAAGAUAAGCAGUUUCAUCGAAUCGAUAGUCCUGACCCGUUUCUAGAAGACAUUAAA